UCUUCCUCCCAUCCGCGUGUGCCGUGCAGGUCGUGUGCGAGCACCAGUGUAAAAGGGAACGAGGAGUGGGAGUGGAUCUCCACUCCGCCAUAGCUUAGCUAGCCUCCAACGUUCAAAACCCAGGAGCCAUAGCCCAGCAAGCAGAUACCACUUUUUUUUUUUUUUUUUGGUUUCGUCUCCUCUCAAGUCCCAGCUGAAAGCCUGAAAGCUGUGCUGGUUUCUUACCUUCCCUCACGUUCUCACACCCAUAUUUAAUCCUCCAUUUUUAUUAUUUUUGAAAUUUUUUUUGAGCUCUGCCUGCAGCUUAACUCCUCCCCCAGUAUAUACAUAUACUAGUAGUACUACAUACACCUCCUCUUAUAGCUCUAGAAUUGAAUUCCACCGACCCACGCACGCAUCCUUUUUUCUCCAUCCCCCUCCUUCCGUUCUUCCAUUUACCUCCACCUAUAUAGCACUCCGGAAUUGCGCCAUCUCUCUGCCUUAGGAGUACAGUGAAGUGCUCUCCAUAUAAUUGCAGUGGUGCAAGGCAGGCAGCAACUUUCUUCUUCUUCCUCCUAUCAUAAUCUGCUCAUCCUUUUCCUCCUCUGGAGCAACCAUGUCCAUGCAGAAGGUGUACUAGAUAUAUAGAGUUAGUUCGCAGCUGCUCCCUACUUACAUAAACAAACGCAUUCAGAUAGCCAGCUUCUUGAUCGGCAACAGCAGCUAGUUAGAGUGCAACAAGAGGUAGCAGAGACAAUUUUUUUUGGCAAGGCAAGCAAAAGCUGAUCGAGGAGAGCGAUCGAGCAGGUGUUGAUCGAUCGGUGCGAGGAAACAGAGACAAUUUUCCCACACAGUCUGGAUUAUCUGGAAACAUUUGGGGACAGUGAGAAAAAAUGUGCAAAUUCUGAGAGGCAAUACGCCGGCAAGCAAGCAGUAAAAACAACAACAAAAAGGGAAAAAAAAAACCAAAAAGAUUCCUUCCAUUGCCGCCAUGGCAAGAUUCGCCUUUGCAUGAUCCGUACUGCUCCCUCCUCCUGUGGGAAUGGCCGCGAUUGAUGCGAGAAAAAAAUUUGAUGAAUUCCUCGGUGUUUUCACCCGAGGACUCGGCAAUAAUUAGCUGCUUUUACCGAGGGAGGCGGCUGCUUUGUCCAGUGGCACGCCAGUGACGCGUCCGGACCAAUAGGGCGCCUCCACGUCAGCUAAUCCCCCCGCCCUUUUGACAAAUUCCUUGUGCUGGCAAGCUUUGACUUUUACUACUCGUACGCAUAGGGAUGGAGUCCUUGGUGGUGAAUCAAUCAAACAAACGCCCAGAUUUUUUCUUUCUUUUUUACUUUUAUUAUUUUUUUAUUAUUUUUAUUUUAUAUACGGAGUGAGUGUAUAUUAAUUUUCUUCCCUGGGUAGAGUAGUACGCCAUCUGUAUUGUAUAGCCUUGCUUCAGAAUAAAGAAAAGAAAAUUCACCCGUCACAUGCGGGGUCACAUGGCUGGGGGUGGGUGGGGCCCACCCACGGAAGCGCGUCAUCAUGCACCGCAUACAUAUGGAGCCCGCUCCUGCCGUCACUUUGAAAGAGAAGAAAAAAAAAUCUCCCUCCUGCAGCUUUUGAUUUACAGCUCAGAGAGAUAGAUUUGCACUUCUUCUGGUAGUAGUAGGGAUAGAUUAGUAACGCCUCGUCAUCUAUCCAUUUCUGGCAGUGGUGUGUUGUGUAACCAUUUAUACGAAUUUUAUCUUAUUAUUGAUAUAGGUGGAUCAUAUCCUUGGAAUUGAUUAAUUUUAUCAUAGAUUGUGAUUUGGUAGCAGCAGCAAUGGCGGGCGUUGGAUUCGUGGAGGACAUGCUGCGGGAGCAGAGCCUCCUGGAGGCGACCUGCGGCGACCUCUUCGACCACAUCGACGACCUGCUCGACUUCCCCAAGGAGGAGUCGGCCGCCGACGUGCUCCUGCUCGACGCGCCGGCGCCAGGGAGCCCGCUGUCCUCGCGCAUCAUCGGCGGCCACGCCACCAUGGCGGCGGCGCCGCCACCGCCGCCGCAGAUGAUGGCGCUCCCCCCGCCGCCGGCCCCCGCGAAGGACGACGCGUCGGCGCUGUUCGACGCGGCCGGCGCGCUCGGCGCCGAGGUGUUCGACCGCAAGGACGCCCACAUUGGCCCGUGUGAUGAGCUGGACAUGGACAUGGCGCAGCUGGAGUGGCUGUCGGGGCUGUUCGACGAUGGAACCAUCCCGCACGAGCCGAGUUUUCCGGGCGUCAACUGCGCGGCGCCGAUCAAGGCGUCGGCGCUGACGGCGAACGCCGGCGUCGUGCUGCCGGACAAGGCGGAGGAGGCGCUGUUCCGCAGCUCCAGCCCCAUCUCCGUGCUGGAGCACAGCGGCUUCAACGUGGCAACCAAUGGGGGCUCCUCCUCGUCGUCCUCCUCGUCGGCGUCCUCCUCGUCGGAGUCGUUCUCCGGCAGCGGCCGCGCGUGGUCCGCGCCCGUGUCGCCGCGCCCGGAGCCGCCCGUGCUCGUCAUCCCGGCGCGCGCGCGCAGCAAACGGUCUAGGCCGUCCGCGUUCCCGGCUGUCCGCGGCGCGCCGGCGGCGACGGAGACCACCAUCCUGGUGCCGACGCCAAUGUACUCGUCCACCUCGUCGCACUCGGAUCCCGAGAGCAUUGCCGAGUCCAACCCGCACCCGCCGCCGAUGAAGAAGAAGAAGAAGGCCAAGAAGCCGGCCGCUCCGGCCGCCGCCUCUGACGCCGAGGCCGACGCCGACGCGGCGGACGCCGACUACGAGGAAGGCGGCGCGCUCGCGCUCCCGCCGGGCACCGUGCGGCGGUGCACGCAUUGCCAGAUCGAGAAGACGCCGCAGUGGCGCGCGGGCCCGCUCGGCCCCAAGACGCUCUGCAACGCGUGCGGCGUCCGCUACAAGUCCGGCCGCCUCUUCCCGGAGUACCGCCCGGCGGCGAGCCCCACCUUCAUGCCGUCCAUCCAUUCCAACUCCCACAAGAAGGUGGUGGAGAUGCGCCAGAAGGCAACCCGGACCGCCGACCCGUCCUGCGACCUCCUGCAGUACAUCCGCCGCCGGGAUUAA